AAUCUUACACGUCUCCAUAAUAAUCAAACGACGAUCCCAAAGAGCAGCUUUUUCUAGAACUUGGUGGUUUGAUGCGUGAGGUGUUAAGACAUAAGGGCAAUAAUGGCGUUAGAGCAAGUUCUACAUAUGAAUGGAGGAGAUGGAGAUAAUAGCUAUGCUAACAACUCUUCACAACAGAAAGAGGCCAUCUUGAAAGCUAAGCCCCUGCUACAAGAAACCAUGACUGAAUUCUAUUGCAAUAACUUCCCAGACUGCAUCAGAUUUACAGAUAUGGGGUGCUCUACCGGGCCUAACGCACUUUUGCCUACAAGGGAAAUUUUAGAUGCCCUUCACAAAACCUGUCACAGCUUGAACCGAAAGCCACCUGUAUUGCACGUCUUUCUCAAUGAUCUUACUGGAAAUGAUUUCAACACAAUUUUUAAAUCACUUCCAGGGUUUUAUGAGAGACUGAAGAAAGGGGAGAAUCAAAAUGAGUUUUUGUCAUGCUUCAUUGCUGCAGUGGCCGGAUCUUUCUAUGGGAGACUAUUUCCUCCUCGUUUCCUUCACUUUGUUUUCUCCUCUUACAGCCUCCACUGGCUCUCUAAGGUACCUGAAGGGCUAGUAAGUGAACUGUCGAUUCCGGUGAACAAAUGGAAUAUUUAUCCAACAAGAACAAGUCCACCUGGUGUACACAAGGCAUACUUGGAUCAAUUUGAGAAAGAUUUCACAACAUUUCUCAAGUUACGUUCACAAGAGUUGAUUACUGGAGGCCGUAUGAUCCUUACACUUAGGGGCAAUCAAUCAAAGGAUGAAUCUUUGAAGAAUUAUCGCCCUAUACUUUUGGAGUUAAUUGGACAGACAUUGCACGAAAUGGUCUUAGAGGGAGUAGUUGAAGAAUCGAAAUUAGACACAUUCAAUAUUCCAAUGUAUGCACCUUCUCUUGAAGAAGUAAGACAUGUGAUUCAAAGAGAAGAAUCCUACUAUAUCAAUCUACUCGAAACGUUCGAGCUAAGUUGGGAUGCAGGGUCUAACAAUGGUGAAAAUAGCUUAGAGGGAAAGUAUACAAGAGGCAAGCAAGUGGCAAUGAAGUUCAGACCUGUAGUAGAGCCCAUUCUAGUGAGCCAUUUUGGAAAUGACAUACUGGAUGAUUUAUUCCAGAGACUUUCUAUCAGGGUUGCAGAUUGCAUGGAAAAGGGGUUAGGAGUGCACACAAAUGUGAUCAUUUCCUUAACAAAGAAAUGAUUUAUGUGUUUUAUCUAAUUGCGUUAUCAAUCAUUGUUUUUCUAAUAAUCUUGGAAAUGUUUUAGUUUGUAAUAUAAUAAUUUUUCAUGA